AUUCCAAAGUCUUGCAUCACAACAUACUACAUUCCUAGCUAACUAGAUACGAAAAAACCGGUCUAAAAGACAUGGCAAGACAAUGUUUCUUGUUACUAGUUGUUCUAGCAGUAGUAACACAGACUAUUACUGCUAGAGACGUUCCCAGUGAGACCAAAAACAAUGUUGUUGGUCUCACUGAUAAAAAGAACAGUGAUGUUGGUCUCACUGACCAAAAGAACGUGUUCACUUUUGGUGGACUAGGUGGGUAUUCGGGGCUUGAUAGCAAUGGCCAACCCAUUGGUGGUGGUGGCAUGGGAGUUGGUAUUGGUAACGACAACGGGAUUGGAGGUAUAGGUGCUGGUUAUGGAUUUGGUGGGCCUGGUGCAGCGACCGGCGGUAUAGGGACGAUUGGAGGUCUUGCUAAUGGUUUUGCUGGCUUACCGGCUCUUGGUGGGGGUGGGAUCGGUGGUGGAGGACCUGGCGCCGGAAUUGACGCCGCUCCACUUCCUUGAAAAUGGUUGUUGUAACCAUCCCUACAAUAGUUUCUGUUCGCUACAAUAAUAACUGGCAAGUCUGUCGCCGUUAUUGCCUCGUUUUCUUGUAGUGGUUUUUUAAGUGUGAUUUGUUUGUUUAUUGUCGCCUUGUUAGUUAUUACUUGUUAGCUAAGUUAAGUUUUGUUUCCACCUAAAAAGAGCAUGUUACUCUUCAGUUGUAGGGUUGUAUUUGUUAUUUGAUUUAUGGUGAGUUUGUGAAAUUUUAUAGAUAUAUUUAAUUCCAA